AUGAUAACGGGCCUGUCAGCCACAAUGGAAGACUGGUACCCCUUCGCGACUGAGCUUGGCAAACGCCGGACGGUACUUCUCGUCGAUCAUCGCGGCAUCGGAGAGUCACAGGCACCUCCCCACUGGGACGAGGAUCUGUCGCUGGAGCUGAUGGGUCGCGAUGUGCUGCGCGUUGUUGGGAGUCUCGGGCCGCAGUUCAAGCGCAUCAAUCUCUUAGGCUGGUCCAUGGGUGGCCUCAUUACGCAGGUUCUCCUCACCCUCGACGAUGCCAAGCCCUCUUCGGAAGGCGGAAUUGACCUCAUGGGCAUACAUAUCUCCAGAGCAGUGCUUGCCGCGACCAUGACGAAAAUGCCCCGUGGCGACUUCCACCCAAAGAAGAUGGAGCCAAGAGCCUCGCAGGCAUCGUCGAGGCAAGAAGGAAAGAGAAUCAUCACAACCACCAUGAUGGAGUACCAGUACGACCCGACAUUUCUCUCGUCCAACGACGCCCUCUUCCAAAGUCGUAUUCAGACGGCCCUCGACAGCCGUCGACCACAGUCGAUCAUCCUUCUCCAGUCCGGCGCCAUUGCCCCGGUCAACGUAGGAGGCGUGCUCGAACGUGUGCCGGCCAGCUUGCCUGUGCUUAUCAUCCAUGGCAAGCUCGACCGAAUGGUGGCCUUCUCCGAGUCGGACUUGAUUCAAAAAGGGAUCAAGCACGCGAAGCGCAUUCCGACGCCGUCGGAUCAGUACGGUCACUUUUGGCAUGAUUACUUCAGCCCGGAAUUUUGGGCUGAGUCCAUCGAUAAGUUUCUCAAUGAGCGCGGUGCUCAGGCGAAGCUGUGA